AUGCUAACAAGCAACCCCUCGUCCGCCAUUGAGAACGUGGCUACGGAGACAUGGAGUGAAUGCCUUAGCCAUAUGGACCUCACUGUGCAAAGGAACAUGAUGCAAACAUGUAAAUUCUUCCGUGAAAUGUGCCUUCCUCUUGUCUUCAAGAAGGAGUGUGUGCUGCUCCACGUUGACCCAUGUAUUCCAAAUCAAGAACAGGAUCUCCGAGCUUUAAUGCAUUCACUUGCUCUGUCGAAAAGCAGCGUACAUGCGCCGUUAGUCAGAAAGUUGACUCUGUCCUACAACGAAGAUAACUUUCGUGCCUGGGAACCUACAGUCGCGGACGUCAAGUAUCUUCGGUCCAUGUUCACCAACCUCUGUGUCAAAUUAUUCCCACGAUUCACCAACUUACGGGAAGUCUACAUCGUGAGCAAUCGGAACAUUGAUAAGGCAUUACUGGUUGCGCUGGCGGAGCUUCCUGAUCUCACUGAACUUGGUAUGGGGUCUGCCAAGUUUGGAAUGCUCGAUCUGUCCAACGGCACACGCAUACGGGUUCGGAAGCUGGGUAUAUUCAAUAAUGUCUCUGAUUACGACUCAAAGAAAGCUGCAACGGUUCUCGAUGUUUUUUCCGGUGAACGACUCGAGGAUUUGACUAUAUUGUCUCGCGUUUACUCCCCCAAGAUAAUGCGAUCACUGACCCAGCAAAAUAAUAACGCUCUUCUCAAAUCCAUUCGUCUCGAGCUCGAUCCAAAAGAACUUAAAACCCUUGUUGCUUUCCUGGUGUCUAGCCCGAAUCUCGAAUCCCUGCGUGUGUCUUUGGUUAAAAGCAGUUCAAGGUUACGGAGCUCCGGUGUGUCUGUUCCAGAGGUGCUCCCCAGACUUCCUAGCUCUGCUCUGCCCCAAUUGAGGUCAUUCUCAGGCGUUGAGGAGCUGGCAAAGAUGAUAGUUCCUGGAAGGCCAGUUCAGCAUAUAAAUGUUGAGGCUAGGUGUAGGUUAUGGCACAGCGGCAAGAACAAUAUUCUCGAUCGAAGACCAGAGGAAUUAAACAUGCUACUUGCUCGUCUCGCAGCAAGCAUAAUUCCAAUUAAACACUUAGGACUCGAGGACUAUGUUCUAGAGAAUGGCCUUCUGGACACUAUUGCUUCUCAUACCCCCAAUAUCUCAUCGGUUUUGCUGAACCUCAAACAAGAAAUCGACAUGGUUGGCGACUCUCCUGACAAAGGUUUUAUAUCAAAAGAUGAAGUGUAUUUUGAUGACACAAUAAAACACUCACAAAAUCUUGCUGAUCAACAAUCAAGAUUUUUUUUGCCAUCGGUUCAACAUCUACCAUACAUGGUGUGUAUAUUGCUACCCUGA